AUGUCAAGUUACAGGGGCAAUAGAGGGGGAGGCUAUGGAGGAGGACGAGACGGAGGGCCGCCCGGUGAUCGAAAUUCGAGAUAUGACGGGGGAGGUGGUGGUGGCGGCAACAGGAAUGGUGAUCGGGGCUAUGGGAAUUCGAACGAGCACGGCGGGGGUGGUGGCGGUGGCGGGUAUAGGUCGGGAGGUGGUCACGGAGGCGGUGGCAGGAGCGCUGAGAGGGAGCAAGGAGGGUAUGGUGGUGGAGGCGGCGGUGGGGGUAACAACGACGACGGGAGGUCUGGGUAUGGAGGCGAGGUCGGCGGCGAGGAGCCUCCCCCUGUGAAAGUGAAGCAGUGCGACGAUGAGUGUGGCGACACAUGUGACAAUACAAGAAUCUACAUAUCGGGGUUGCCUCUGGAUGUGACUGUGGACGAGCUGAGGGAGCUCUUUGGAGGUAUAGGUCAGGUCGCAAGAAUAAAACAAAAGCGAGGGUACAAAGAUCAAUGGCCCUGGAAUGUAAAGAUCUACACAGACGAAGCCGGAAAGAAUAAGGGUGAUGCUGUUUUGACCUACGAAGACCCUUCGGCAGCACACUCCGCCGGAAGUUUUUUCAACGACCAUUCUUUGAGAGGGAAUAAGAUCAAGGUAACAAUGGCGGAGAAAUCCGCUCCACGGGCACCGACAAUGUUUGGGCGUGGAGGUGGAGGAGGUGGAGGCGGAUUCCGUGGUGGAUCUGGGCGCAACAAUAAUACCGGUGGCCCCGAUAGGCGCGAUGGUGGUGGUUACCGCUCCCGUCCCUACUGA